UCUACAUUUCUCCUGGGUAGCUUGUUGACAUAUUAUAGCAAAGAAGCUCACUCAAUCCGGUGCUAGGGUCAAUUUGAAUAUGUAGUGAGGUGCAAAAUAUUUUUCGUGUUGAUAGCCUAACUGCGAAUUUGAGAUGAAGAACAGCAAUGAUAGCACUGUUUCUAUGCUUCGUUUUUCUUCAGUGUGUGUUUGGAUUUUGUGACAUGAACAAAUUUGGACAUACAACUUUUUUCGAUAUAACAAUAGUCACUUGCUUAAAGGGAAUUAAACAAUGUAUGAACAUUGUGAACAUUUAUUUAGAUUAACUCAUGUUGAUUUGGAUUAUGCUUGUGUGUAUAUAUAUUAUUACACGUACAGUAAAUAGUCUUUUGAACCUGUCAGAUAUAACAACGAAAGCCUCUUAUUAUUUGAACAAAAAAAGGAUUUGAACAGCUUUUAUAAUUUUAAAUGUAAAUUAUUGGCUUUUCUUGAAACAAUUGUCUCCCAAAGAUAAACUAAUGACCAACAUAAGAGAACGACAUGGUUAUCAAGCAUGGUUAGGAGAAAAAUCAAACUCAGUGGGAAAACGAUCAGCAAUGUUAGAAAGUGUCUGUAACUAUGCAGAAAAUUAUAGGCGAUAAAGCAGAUAGAACUAUUUCGGUAACGAAAAUGAUUGAAACUCCCUGGGGAAGAUGAAUUUCAAUAUUCCGUUAAACCUGUUGUAAUGAUAAAAACAGGAUAAAAAAUUACUUUGCCAAAUAACAUAAUGAUGUAAAUUUCAUUUCCAUAUUGAGUUGUUCUCUACGUUAUAUAAUUUUUGCUGAAUAUUGAAUUCUAUAAAUAUGUGAUGCAAGUUGUCAAACUGACUUUUCAUCAAAAUGUAGAAAGGAUUGCGAAGGAUUCACUUACAGUUUACAAAUUAUAUUUGUUUUAUUUGCUGCUGAAAUCUUUAGUUUCAACAAUAAUUUAAUUAAUCACUUAAAAAAAGAGACAGAGACGGAAUUAUUAGAAAUGUAUUUCAACGUUGCUUCAACAAGGAGUGCGUAUUGAGAUUUCUGCAGAGGCGGAGAUAUAACCCCAAGAGAUUCGGUGCUAAACGGUUUCUGUAAUAUUCCGUAGGAUUAGUAAGCAUGGAAAUUAGUUAAGUGAGAUGACACAAAAUACGAAUCAAAAAUUUUACAAAAUGUGAUUUAAAAAAAUGAAGAAACGUGUUGAAUAUAAGAGUUGGAUAAAGAACUACCUCCUGUCGAUAUUGUUUACAUUUGUUUUCUCUGUUUCGGCUGCUGGAUGGAAUGGUUAUAUAUUACCUUCAUUUAAAGAAACCCGGACAAAUAUCACUGUUUACGUUGGUAAAACAGCUGUGCUACCGUGUUCAAUUGUCAAUCUCGGAACUAAAAAGGUUAUCUGGAAGAGAGUUGACCAAAAACAUGCUUUAACAAUCGGCGAGUUUGUCUUUACAACUGACGAACGUCACAGUGUAGACCACACUGACAAAGGCUAUAAAUGGAAUUUGGUUAUUAAAGAUGUCACGAAAGCACAUGCUGGUCUUUACGACUGUCAAAUAAGUACCAAAGAAGAUUUAGUGAGGAGAAUAAGGCUUUAUGUUACAGAUCCUCCUCCAGUAGAAGAAACCAAAGAAAAGAAGACAAUAUUUCGUCCAGCAAUACAUAUAUCAGGGCCAAAUUUCACGGAGAAAGGCGAACCUAUCCGUAUAACAUGCAAUGCAACUAGUGAUUCAUUGACUCCGGAGCAUAUGGAUUGGUUUCAUAAUGGAUUAAAAUUACAGCAAAACAUAGAUGCUGGCAUACUCAUUACAGAAUAUAGACACAGUGAAACAAAAACUCUUUAUAGUGUGUUAGAAAUAGCCAAGAGCACAAUGAAGGACACUGGAGUAUAUAUAUGUCGGAGUUCGAAAAAGGACGUUGAUAGCCACCAUGUUGUCGUCUUAAAUGCUGAUUCAAGUCAUGACAAACGUGGUUUUCAAGAUAAAAAGACUGUUGUGAAAUCAUCUCAUAUGGAAAACCCGGGUAACAGUGCGUCCAGUGUGAACAGACGUGUUCAUUAUUUAAUGUCAAAUUGUUUAUUAAUAUUAGUGACUAUACUCGCACAUAACCGGUAGCACUUUACGGGUCCUUCUAUAAUUGGUUUUUAUCCAGUGUGAUAUGUAAUAUAAAUUUAUCAAAAUAGUGUUUUUACGAUUGACACGUUUAUCUUUAUAAGAUGUAUAUAGUAAAACAAUUCUUAUUCAUCGCUUUAUAAAAUUGUAUGUUUUUAAAAUGGUAGUUCGGUACUGGAAUGGUGAGACAUGGGUAAUGAAAUGAGUUGUGUUUACACAUAUAGAAGAUAAAUAUUUUUCAACAAGAUGACUAAUUGAAAGACAGUACCAAACAUAUUAAGGUGGUCGCACAUGUACAGAAAUAUAAUAUAACAUACGCUAACGGUUUAUUAUUUAUUUCAAUGCCAUGCACGGAUCUAUGUUUUCUUCUCUUUUGUCUGAGACACUUGUUCUAUUUAAAAACGAAAGUGCAUUUAAAAUUUGAUAAUAAUCUGUCUAUUCAAUUGUUAGAAGGAAACAAUUGAUACACUUAAUAAUUAUCUCAACAUCUGUGUUUGGUCUCAGAAAUAUGUUGUGAUUGUCUAAAAAAACAGUGAAAGGUAUGCAAUGAUUAACAUUAUAUUGCACUUUCAUCGUAGAUUUUUACUUUAAUCUUCGAAUUUUACAUUAUCAUUUUUCCUAGUCUUGAGAAGUACUGAUUUACUUCAAAACAUGUUUUUUUUUCAAAAGGAAAUAAUCGAAUAUUUAAUUGAACCAUGUUCUUUCAAAGUGUUUUCCUUCAACUUUAGAACAACAUAAAUGAUGACAUCAGAUAACACUUCAGAAUUGUAAAAAUUAAGGGAUCAUGCUUUCAGAAGCAGUUGUUUUGCACUAUUUAGCAUACUUGAUGUUGUAUCGUCCUACUUAGCUAUGCAUUGAUUUGGACGGGAUUGCAUGUUUGAAUUAUUAACAAUGUAAAAUCCAUUUGUAUAAGUACAUCACAUUCAAAAGAUCCGAUAUAAAGUUAUCAGUUUGCACUUCAAUAAUGGUUGAAAAGUUCAUGUAUAGAAAACAAUUCUAUUCGAACGGUCGAUAAAGGUUUAUCAAAUGACCAUAAUAUGUUGUGACAAUGAAGGAUUAAUAUUCAUGAACAAUCACACUUCAGGACAGAAUCUUCUGCCAGUUAAGCAUGUGGGUGAAUGUAACGUGAAACAUAUGCAAAGAACUAUUUAUAUGCAAUUCCAUAAUUGAAAUAACUGAUGACACAAUAUGUCAUUAUAACUAUUCUCGGUUAAUAUUAGUAAAUAAGUUGUUGUAUCUUAUUGUUCAUUAUUUAUUAUAUCAAAAUUUGCAUUGUAAAUAUCAUAAAACUUAAAGUGAUAUAGUGCUAAUAUUAGAUUUAGCAGUAAUCCGUGAAUGUUUUGAUCGACAAAUACUAAUAAAUUUAUUUAUAGAA